AUGUGGAGUGAUCUUGAAGAGAUAGAGACAUGGGUUGUUAGUCCUCGAGGAACAGGCUGGUUUUUUUGUUAUGGGGUUUCAUCUUCGUUCUACCAUAUUAACAAACUUGAUCUAGUUUGUCGGGCAAAGGAGUACCGGAAGAUAAAAAAAACGCGGACGUUUUCGUCGGAAGACAAGGAUAUACUCGAAGGGGACGAUGCGAACCAAGUGCCCGAGCAGCCAAACGCCGCACAGGCAAUCGUGCGCACAGUAGCAGACCACACAAUCCUCGUGUCGCGACAACCGUCGCAAGCCAAUGGAGAUUCGAGAGGCGCCAGGCCUCGCGCUGGGAAGCCAUGUCGCGCCGCUAUGUGCCAACGAGAGCAGGGACCAAAUUAG